GAGGACUUGUGAAAGCAUGGAGGAACAGGAGUGAAACUAAAGAGAAACGAUCCUCAGAUAGAAUUCAUAAUAUAAAGAUAAUCUUCUGUUUCUGUAGGCUCAUGAAGGUUUCAUAAACCAACUGGAUUUAAUGCCCAGUUUAUUUGUGAAAAAUGUUCUACCACAUAUCUUUGGAACAUGAUAUUCUUCUACAUCCUCGCUACUUUGGGCCUAAUCUACUACAAACUGUGAAACAGAAGCUUUUCACUGAAGUCGAGGGCACCUGUACUGGAAAGUAUGGAUUUGUUAUAGCAGUUACAACUAUUGAUAAUAUAGGUGUUGGUGAGAUCUUGCCUGGGAGAGGUUUUGUAGUUUACCCUGUCAAAUACAAGGCUAUUGUCUUCAGACCAUUUAAAGGGGAAGUGUUAGAAGCAGUUGUCACCCAAGUCAAUAAAGUUGGGCUUUUUACUGAAAUAGGACCACUAUCAUGUUUUAUCUCAAGACAUUCAAUACCAUCAGAUAUGGAAUUUGAUCCAAAUUCAAACCCACCAUGUUAUAAAACAGAGAAAGAAGAUUUAGUUAUUCAAAAAGAUGAUGAGAUUAGAUUGCGAAUCAUUGGCACAAGAGUUGAUGCAAUUGACAUUUUUGCAAUUGGGACAUUGAUGGAUGACUAUUUAGGGCUCAUAAGCUGACACAAGUUAAUGUUAUUAAUGUUGUUUUACUGGAGCAACUCCAUGGUUCAGUGUAAACCUGAAAAAGUAUCUGGCUCUAAGUACCAAAUUGUUCAAAAAGACAGCAAAAAGACAUUGUGCAUGAGACAGAAAAGAUGAUUUCCUUCAGGUGGACUGGAUUGGUGUUCUUACUUGACAGUUUAAUUUCUUGGUGCAUUAGACUAAAUGUAUGUCUUCAUUACUGCAUAUUUGUGUAAUGAAUUUGUAGUGUCUUACAUAUUUCAGAAUAACUCUAGAUUAACUGAAAAUAAACAAAUUUUAACACAAGAAGACUUUUUAGAACUGGUCUUUAGUCACUAAUAGGAAUUUUCUUCACCAAUGUCUAGCAAAACCAAACUAUUACAAAGAACAUCAAUAAAAUGCAUUGAAAUUCAUAUCAUGCCCAAAAAUUGCUGCCGGUUUUAUAUUUAGAAAUGGGUCUUCAGUCUUCGUCAUAAGGAAAUAAUCAUGCGUGUGGCAAACCACACGCAUUAUCUCUUUCAUGCGUGCGAUUCACACUCUUAAAAAUCAGGCUAUUUCGGUCCCAGUUUACACAGUCCUGUUCAAAAACGGAACCGAGACGGUACAAAAUUCGUUUUCUUUCGUAAAAGGGUCAAAACCAUUCCGGAUGGCAGAGCAUAAUUAGCUCGGUUCCAGAGUGCUAGAUUAAACGAACGGGCGAGCCGCGACCGUUUUGUCACGGUGCCAAACUUGCACGCAGGGCCGCCUAAAGAAUUGGAGGUCUUGGGGCUAAAGCGGAGAAUUAGGGCCCUGCGAUCGAAGCGAGCAGAAAUUUUUUGCGACCACGCCCUUUAAGCUAGCUUAAAAUCGUUUAUUCGCUUCAAAUGUUUUACUGUUUAUGGGCAUAAUUUUGUUAUUUUUAAUCAAUUUUAUUUCAAAACAGAAUUCAUUACUUUGUAAGGCCCCAUUCACCUCGAGGCCCUGGGGCAAUUUGCAGAGGUCAAGGGGCAGGGCGACUUACGUGAAGUUAUGUAAAAAAUUUGAAAAAAUAAAAGCUCUUAUAACAUUUUUGUCGGAAAAUUCUAAAUUUCUCGCCCCUUUUAUGAAUUCUCCUAUCUACAUCACUAGAUUGGUAUUAACAUGAUUGCCGGAAGAUCUUCUUUUUGCGGGUCUAUUCGUCGCCUGCCUCUCGCAUCUAUGAUAAAAAAGCCAAUUUUCUUUUGAGCAAUUUCAUCGAUAUUUACUCCGAUAAUGGCGAAAACAGGAAGGUAAAAGUUUUGGACACUACCUGACGACCGCCAUGUUUCCGGGAGAAUUAGAACAAAGCAAAGCGAUAAGCCACGAUAGAGAGCAAAAAUAGGCUUCAUUUAAAGAAUAAGCCGAUGUUGCUCAGCUUAUGAAAAACAAAACUUCCAAUGUUUCGUUGAUGAAAACAAUUUUAUUCAAGUCAAAAACGACGGUCAAAUAUACAAUUCAUGCGUGCGAUCAAUCGCUCGCAUUAUUGGUGCCAUGCUUGUGCUGAUGCGUGCGCGUGCGAUCGCACGCAUUAAACGACAAAGACUGGGUCUUAAUUAGAUCUUCACUACCUUAGUUUUCUUUUACUUUGAUUGUUAUAAAUGUAAUAAUAAUGUACAAUUUGUUGGUACCUUGUCCUUCAUAAGUCAGCUGAGUGAAUGUCAAGGUUUUGGUAUGAUGUUAAUGUCACAACUGCCAUUAUAUUUUAUUGUAUCAUUUAUAUGUUUCUUAAGAAACUGGAACCAAA